UUCAAUAUUCAAUUUCCAUCAGCGAUUUGCGCUUUUUAGCUACUCAAGGGCAAAAAUCAAAUCAAAAGCAUAAAAGUGAUAUCAAAAAGAAGUGCAGGGAGGAUGAAAACCGAUUUCUUCGCUUUGUAGGCGCAUCAAAUAGCUUGAAGGAAGUGUGUGGAAAAUCUUCGACGAUCCCGUCUGUAUGUAAGUGUGGGACAUCAGUCGCAAAGAACAGCGAACGCGCAAAGCGGAGCACUAGUCAAAAGAGGUAGUAAAUUUGUCCGCUGCGUUUGUGGGGGGCAAACGGUGGAUGAGUGUACAGCGACAGCAACAGCAGUUGUCGCCAUAAAAGAAGCAUAAACGCGGAGCAGUGACAAAACUGCGUCCGAAAAUGCGAAAGUGAAGAAAAAGUGAAAUUCCGAAAUUGGAAUUGGUAGCGACGACAGACAACGACAAACGAAAAAAGAUCGUGGAAGGAUGAUAGCGUGAACGGGGGAGAAACAGUGAUAUAGAGUAGGAGUCAAAGAGAUAAUUGCUGAAAAUGCAAAAAAUCAUUGUGAAACGAAAGACGAUUGGAAAACCAUUGUUGAAGUUGAAAAUCGUCUACGCUAAUUAACACUUUGCUUUUUAUUUAAACGCAAAAAAGACUUUGCCGCGCGUCAAUCGCAAGCUACUGUUGUAGGUAAACGGGGGAAAACAAAUACUUAGGUGCUCUCGCAUACUGUUGCGCGCUUAUUGACCACAUAUGCCCUUGCCUCGCCUACGUCACUACAUUGUGAACGAUUCAACGCUUCUAAUUGUGCUUUUGUGCUAUAACGCAUUAUUUUUUGUUGUAAGGUCAUUUUUGCAUUGCUUGAACCGCUGCCAUUGUUUCAUGAAAUUAUGUUGAAAUCGUCCUCUACUGCGCAGGAACUGCGGCUGUGCCGACCAACGAGCACAGCACAGUCAUCCUCGGGCACAUCUGCAGGCAGUGCCAUGGAUACAUUAAAAUCAUCUUUCCUACCCAACCUGGCCAUGGAUGGUGGAGUUAUUACAUCGGCUAGCUUUUGUCCGAUGUGUGGUCAGCAAUUUGAGCGGCCACAACACGCUCAGGAGCAUAUGCAGUUGUGCCACGGCAUAUCAGCUGGCAUGAUUGGUGGCGGUGGUGGCAUCGGUGGUGCCGGUGGGCUCUUGCUAGGCGGUGUUCCACAACCGAACGUACCAGUUUCGGAUCCUAUGAAAAUUGAGUAUCCCUGCUUGAGUUGUGAGGAGAAGUUUGGUUCGGCGCAGGAGCUAGAUGAACACCACCGUAUCGUACAUCAAACCACGGCUUUUCUAGCGCGCUGCAUGGCAUGUGGCAUUUAUGGUAUUUCAUCAGUGACCUUGCACGAAGGCGAUGAAUUCAAGUGCAUGCACUGUGGCUCUGUAUGCACUGCCUCCAAUAUGACUGCAGCUCAGCAGCCGCCGUACAUGGAUCAGCCUGAACCACCCCAAACACCAGAAGAGAUGCCUUCCAUGCCGCCUGAAGAAAUGAAUACUAUACCACCAGAAGAAUUGAACUCAAGACAGAAUCAGCAACAGCAACAGCAGCGCCAGCAGCAGCAACAACAUCAGCAACAACAGCAGCAGCAACAACAACAACAACGGCAACAACAACAGCAGCCAGAUUUACUCGAUCGUCAAAGGCAGCCGCAACCAGAUUUGCUUGAUCAGCAACGACAGCAGGCCGGACAGGCGCAAUCGCAUGCACAAACGCAACAACAAGCGGCACAGGCACAGCAAAAUCAGCAGCAGCAAACUCAAUUAAAAGUACCACCUCUAACUGUAAAAUUGAACAAAGGCAGCAAUGGCAGCACAGAGGGCCAUCCACAUGUGAUAAUCAAGGAAGAACCGCUUGGCAUUAGCGAUGGCAACGGUGAUAUAGAUCCGGCCGCAGUGCCCGUGUACACCAUUCAGCAGCCAGUUGGUGCUACGAGCGUAGUAGUAAGCACCGCAUCAGCUACAGCCGGAGCCCUGGCAAAUGCGACUGGCACAGCAGCCGCCAGCAGCGGAGCUUCCACGACAUUGGGAAACAAAGUGCGCCACAAAUGCCCGGAAUGUCCGAAAACCUUUAAGACGCCCGGCACAUUGGCAAUGCACCGUAAAAUACAUACAGGCGAAGCAGACGUCACGCCUAAAGAACGCCCGUACUCGUGCUCCUACUGCGGCAAGUCAUUCACCCAAUCGAACACCCUCAAACAGCACACGCGCAUUCAUACAGGUGAGAAACCCUUUAGAUGUGGAUAUUGUGGCAGGCAAUUCACUGUAAAGGACUACCUGAACAAACAUUUAACAACUCACACGGGUGAGAAACCCUUUCACUGUGUCUACUGUGAGAAACGUUUCAGUGUCAAGGAUUACCUCACCAAGCAUAUACGCACACAUACUGGCGAAAAGCCCUAUACCUGCCCCUACUGUGACAAGCGCUUUACACAGCGCAGCGCUUUAACGGUACAUACGACCAAGUUACAUCCACUCUAGGGAAGACCGAUUGGCAAAGGGAGCCGUGGCCGUUUGUUAACAUAGUUUUGGCUAAGUGAUGCGGAAGAGAAGAAGCCAACGGCUGAAAUGUUGGCCAAAACGUUGGCGCAGACAGCGAUGACUGCAGAAACAACAACAACAACAGCAGUAGCUGCAGCAGCAACGGCAACAGCAACAGCAACAACUAUGAACAACACCACAGCAUUUGCAACAAUCAACUUAUCAUUAAAUCCACAGCAACAACAGACACAAUACCAACUGCCGCAGCAACAGUAUCAACUACAAAACCAACAACAUCAACGGCAACAACAACCACAGCAAUCACUAGAAGGUACAACAAACAAAGAGCUCGACUUUGUACUGGAUACGAUAGGCUUGUCGCAAGCUUUGUAGUAGGCCACGGCGGCUCUUGUUGGCUGCGAAAUAGGCGCGUAAAAUGAACAACAAAUAAAAAUGCGAAAUAUAAGACGAUUUGCAA